CGGAUUCUUAUACAGUGUAUAGUUCUUAUCAUAAAACUCGUAAUUGCGAAGUGAAUCAAAACGGCAGAGAUGUCGGAUAUCGUGGAAUCUGAUUUCGUCACUGACUUGCGAAAGCGCAAUCGUAAAUUGAAGAGUGAUCGGUCGAAGAAAGAGCUCAAGGAAAACAAGAAUUCGCGACAAUCGCGCUCGUGUUACGGCCGUGGAUUACCAAAGAAAGGUGGAGCUGGAGGCAAAGGUGUUUGGGGUCGACCAGGAUGGGCCGAAUUGCUCAAUGACGCGAUUGAGAUCGACGUGGACGACCCUAACUAUGACGACCCGAGAGAAGAAUCUGACGUGAUGCCGGAAGACAUAAUCGAUGCCUUGAAUACUUCUCUCGACGAUUACGAAUUCGAAGAUGGAUUUUCCAUGCUUACCCACGACGAAGGCUCUCAUCAGUCGGACGAAUUGGUCGACGACCCGCGCCCUUGUUGCAUCUCUUGAAUUGUUACCAGUGAUUUUAUGUCGGGUGUUCCUUAAUCGCAGUCGUAACCGCAACUUUUGGUUCUCAUCGUCGAGUCACAAAAUAUAUACCGUGCUUUUUUUGUUUGUUCAUCCUUAAUCACGUUUGAGUCGGGAACGUGUGGCA